GCUUUAAUAGAUGGAAGCUCUGGUGCGAGAAAUGCAGGAUCAAGAGCAUGGUGUGCCAGUGCGUCAACAAAAGAUGUUUCUUACAUCUAUUCCAUAUGCUUUUAUGGGUUAUGAUUUGAUUGAGUGGCUAAUGGAUCAUUUACAAAUAGAGGAGUCGGAAGCAUUAAACAUUGCCAAUCAGCUGUGCCUACAUGGAUACUUUUUCCCUGUCAGUGAUUCCAAGUCUUUGACUGUUAAAGACGACUCAUCUCUUUAUCGCUUCCAAACUCCUUAUUAUUGGCCAUGGCAGCACAAAGCACCGGACAAUGUGGAGUAUGCUAUUUAUUUGGCAAAACGUUCGCUUCGUAAUAAGCAGCGCCAUGCAUUAGAAGAUUACGAAGCCGAAGCUUUCGCUUCACUUCAUAAAAACCUUAAAGGCAAGUGGGACUUUAUUGCAAUGCAGGCCGAGGAGCAAGUACGGCUUGCAAAGGAGCGUAAGAAAGGUGAUAAAAUUGUAGGCGACUCACAGGAACGUGCUUAUUGGCGUGUACAUCGUCCACCACCCGGUCAAUUUACUCCCCUUGAGCCGUGCCCUAUCCCAUCACGAGAUCGUCAAGGCCAGAAACCUAGCAAAAAAAAGACUGUCGAUGAUAUACAACGUGAAGUGGAAUUUCUGAGCAAAACCUUAAGUGGAACACGAAUGAAAAUGUCUCAAGCCUGUGAAUCUCUUGUUUGCUAUUCGGAGACAUUCAGCGAAUACGAUUUUUUUCUACAGCCUCCGCUUCCCUCUAAUCCUUGGGUUACUGAUGAUAUUACUUUUUGGCAGCUGAACAGUACUUUUGUCGACAUACCUACUGAAAAGCGUGUAAAGCGUUGGGCUAUUUCUAUAGAGGAACUGGUUUCUGAUCCCACAGGGUUGCAGGAGUUUACAAUAUUUUUAGAAAAAGAAUACUCUCACGAAAACAUACGUUUCUGGACUGCAGUAAAUCGUCUCCGUCGAACUGCUCACUCGCAAGUGGCUCGCACAGUUAACGAAAUAUUUGAAGAGUUUCUUAAACCUGGAGCGCCUUGUGAAAUUAAUAUCGAUGGAAAAACUAUGGAAAGUGUAUUACGUGGUCUUAAGAAUCCAUCGCGUUUCACCUUUGACUCCGCUUCAGAACAUAUUUACAUGCUUCUGUUGAAAAAAGAUUGUUAUCCCCGUUUUAUACGUUCCGAUCACUACAAACGACUUAUUGAUAGUGGUAUCCAGCCUUCGCAUAAAAAACGUUUCUUUAAUUUUGGUGCCGUAAGCGGAGCUAAGAAGAAAAUGACUGCCGCUCUUUCAAAUCAACCAAAUUUAGGCGACGUGAUUAAGAACACCACGACAGGCAGUACAGCUUGUGGUACUUGCACUGUUACAACUGCGCCUUCUGGUAAUCUAGCGCGACGACGUGGUAGCGAACGCAGUCUUACUGGCUCGGCACUUGAGCUAGCAGUCAUUGCUGAUAACAAGACGGCUAGUUCUAAGGUGCCGCACUCUCACUCACAAAAUAAUCUGUGUGAACUUCCAUACAGGUAAGCUACUGAUAACAACUGU